AUGAGGUGAGGAAGAGGCAGCAGCCAAUGCGGCAGCCUCUCUGUUAGCGCUUAGCAUUCUGUAAGGGGCAACUUGCAGACAGAAGCCUGCUAUUAUCCUCAUCCUGCUUUUAGGUUUAAAUGGACAAGACUAGCAAAGAGGAGCAUGCGCUGACGGGUCUAGAUGAAGAAGCCAUAGUGGACCAUGGAAAGAGCAGCUUCACCACACAGACCAACUGCGAGAGGGAUGACCUUGAAAGUACGUUUAAAGAUGCAAUGGGCCACAGAGCAGUAUAUGUAGGUGUCCAUGUACCAUUUGGAAGGGAGAGCAAGCGGAGGCAUCGCCACAGAGGUCACCGACACCACAGAAAGAAGAAAGACAAAGAUUCAGAGGAGGGGAAGGAAGAUGGCAGAGAGUCUCCAUCAUAUGACACCCCAUCUCAGAGGGUCCAGUUUAUCCUGGGGACAGAAGAUGACGAUUUGGAGCAUGUACCUCAUGAUCUCUUCACUGAGCUGGAUGAGUUGUCAUUCAGAGAUGGAAGUGCAACUGAGUGGAGGGAAACUGCCAGAUGGCUGAAGUUUGAAGAAGAUGUAGAAGAUGGAGGGGAGAGGUGGAGUAAACCAUACGUGGCCACAUUGUCUUUGCACAGUUUAUUUGAGCUGCGCAGCUGCAUUCUUAACGGCACUGUCAUGCUCGACAUGAGGGCCAACAGUAUUGAGGAAAUUGCUGAUAUGGUGAUUGACAGCAUGGUGGCGACAGGCCAGCUGAAGGAGGACCUGCGCGAGAAGGUGCGAGAAGCCAUGCUGAAGAAACACCACCAUCAGAAUGAGAGAAAGCUCAGCAAUCGCAUCCCUUUGGUGCGAUCGAUUGCUGACAUAGGCAAGAAACAUUCUGACCCACUCUUGCUUGAAAGAAAUGGAGAGGGCCUGUCCUCUUCCCGUCACUCUCUCCACAAGCCAGGAGCAGCCUCCUCUGGCACCGACCUGUCAGAGAGACGCGAGUCCAGAGUUUCCAUCCUCCUCAACCACCUCCUUCCCUCCAACAUGGGACCCUCUGCCGGUCCCUCAACACUCAACACACCACAAAACACACCAUCUACAUUCAGACGCUCCACUCCGAGUCCCACCUUUGGAACUGUCCAGGGGAUACCAGAAGUGGUUGUAUCGCCUCCCGAGGAUGAUGAGCCGCAAAAGUGUGCGGAAGAAGCGGUCUCGUCCGAGGAGCUCAGCCGACAAGCAUCCUCGGCAUCCCAGGGACUUGAGCAGCUGCCCUUAGAAGGACCAUUGUCUUUUCAAAACUCGGUGCCAAGCAACCUGGACGGUAACAAGGCAGUGGAGAGGAGGCCAUCCAAAGUUGGGGUCAGUAGAGAAAGCAGCAGUGUCGACUUCAGCAAGGUGGAUAUGAAUUUCAUGAGGAAGAUUCCUCCGGGUGCCGAGGCGUCCAAUGUGCUGGUGGGAGAAGUGGACUUCCUGGAGAAGCCCAUAAUUGCAUUUGUGCGACUUUCCCCAGCCGUUCUUAUCACAGGUCUCACUGAGGUGCCUGUUCCCACGAGGUUUCUUUUUCUUCUUCUGGGUCCUCACGGCAAGGGCCCUCAGUACCAUGAGAUUGGUCGAUCUAUGGCCACUCUGAUGACAGACGAGAUAUUUCACGAUGUGGCGUACAAGGCCAAAGACAGAACGGAUCUUCUAUCUGGAAUAGACGAGUUCCUCGAUCAGGUGACAGUCCUUCCUCCUGGAGAGUGGGACCCCACCAUCCGAAUCGAACCCCCCAAGAAUGUACCAUCGCAGCUCAAAAGAAAAAGGCCGUCCCAGCCCAAUGGUAAUGCUUCCCUGGCAGGAGAGCUUGAAAAGGAAGAGGAACAUCAGACAGGACCAGAGCUUCAGAGAACAGGAAGGAUAUUCGGAGGGUUGAUACAGGACAUCAAACGGAAGGCACCGUUUUACUGGAGUGACAUCAGAGACUCCUUCAGCCUGCAGUGUUUAGCCUCCGUCCUCUUCCUCUACUGCGCCUGCAUGUCUCCUGUCAUUACAUUUGGAGGUCUCCUCGGAGAGGCAACUAAAGGCAACAUUAGUGCCAUAGAGUCUUUGUUUGGAGCCUCCAUGACAGGAGUGGCUUACUCGCUAUUUGCAGGUCAACCAUUGACUAUUUUAGGAAGCACCGGGCCUGUUUUAGUGUUUGAGAAGAUCCUAUUUAAGUUCUGCAGUGACUACAGUUUGUCGUACCUGUCGCUGAGGACGAGCAUCGGGCUCUGGACUGCCUUCUUGUGUGUUGUCCUUGUGGCCACGGACGCCAGUUCGCUUGUCUGCUACAUCACGCGGUUCACAGAAGAAGCCUUCGCAGCACUCAUCUGCAUCAUUUUUAUCUAUGAGGCGCUGGAGAAGCUGUUCCACUUGGGUGAACACUAUCCUGUCAACAACCACAACGACCUGGACAACCUGACCAUGUAUACGUGUCAGUGUUCUGCCCCAGCUAAUGCCUCGGAUAAACUCGUGCAGCGAUGGAAUUUGUCAGGAUUCACCCCAGACUCAAUACCAUGGAGCAGCCUCAAUGUUUCUAUGUGUAAGGAACUCCAUGGAGAUUUUGUGGGCCCGGCCUGUGGUGACCAUGGACCGUACAUCCCUGACGUUCUCUUCUGGUCCAUCAUCCUCUUCUUCACCACCUUCUUCUUGUCCUCCUUCCUCAAACAAUUUAAAACUGAGCGAUAUUUCCCCACCAAGGUGCGAUCCACCAUCAGCGACUUUGCUGUUUUUCUGACCAUCAUGAUCAUGGUGCUGGUGGACUACCUCAUGGGGAUACCGUCUCCUAAACUCAACGUCCCUGACCGCUUUGAGCCCACUUCCAAGAAUCGUGGCUGGCUGAUCGACCCGUUGGGUGAUAACCCGUGGUGGACAAUGCUUGUGGCGGCUCUUCCGGCGCUGCUCUGUACUAUCCUGAUAUUCAUGGACCAGCAGAUUACCGCAGUUAUUAUCAACCGCAAAGAACACAAGCUCAAGAAAGGCUGUGGCUAUCACCUGGACUUACUGAUAGUGUCAGUGAUGCUGGGGGUCUGCUCCGUUAUGGGCCUGCCCUGGUUCGUGGCAGCGACAGUCCUCUCCAUCUCUCACGUCAACAGCCUGAAGGUGGAGUCCGGCUGCUCCGCUCCUGGGGAGCAGCCAAAGUUCCUGGGCAUCCGAGAGCAGCGAGUCACUGGAUUCAUGAUUUUCGUCCUCAUGGGAUGUUCAGUUUUCAUGACGUCGGUGUUGAAGUUUAUUCCAAUGCCAGUGCUGUAUGGAGUCUUUCUCUACAUGGGCGUCUCCUCUUUGAAAGGCAUUCAAUUCUUCGACAGGAUCAAGCUGUUCGGCAUGCCAGCCAAGCACCAGCCCGAUCUCAUCUACCUGCGCUACGUUCCACUGUGGAAGGUUCACAUCUUCACGCUGGUGCAGCUGACCUGCUUGGUCCUGCUGUGGGUCAUCAAAGCCUCUGCAGCAGCUGUGGUGUUCCCCAUGAUGGUUCUGGCUUUGGUGUUUGUUCGGAAGCUCCUCGACCUUUUCUUCACCAAGCGAGAGCUGAGUUGGCUGGAUGACCUGAUGCCGGAGAGCAAAAAGAAGAAGGAAGACGACAAGAAGAAGAAAGCACGAGAAAAGCUGGAGCAGGAGUCCAGGCUGCAGGACGAGGACGAGAUCCCUGUCGACUACGAUGAAGCGACCCAGCUCAGCAUCCCGGCGAAAGCUCUCUCAGGAAGCAGUCAAGAGAAAGUGGCGUGUGUCAGAGUGGACAUCAGCCCGGACACGCCAGGAGGAGGCACCACGGCCGAGACCUUCCUGUGACUCCCCUCCUGACACGUCUGUCCCUGCCCUGAACAGCCAGCUCCCCGACAGAGCUGCAAGUCCUCCUCCACGUCACAGCGUUCCUCGCCUGUCGUAGAAAAUCGAGGAAAGUCACUGCCCUCCCACCUGAUUUCUUCUGAGACGCCAAAGGAAUGGGCCCCGUCGGAUCUUAAGUGUGUGUGGGUGUUUUGUUUUUCGAUGUAAUUUAAUUUAACGUUUACCUUUUUGAUCAUUUCAGCUUGUGUCAAAACGCUAAACCUUGCACAGACACACUUGCUGUUCCUCCUCUUGUGUUUUAACGCACCGGUUGUGUAUCCUACUUUAUGAAAGCCAUCAUAUUUCAGUGCCAGCUGAUGUAACUCUGCACAAGUGUCAUCCUGGCAUGUUCUACUGCCACAGUCACUGGACCCUCUGACCCGCACUGCUUAGGUCCUGCUUUGUCACUAAGCACUACUCUCUUCGGUGAAACGUCUCUUCUCCACCUCCCAUCCAUGCUGCCUCCCAUCUCUGAGCAGUGACCACACUUGUUCUGUGUUCAGACAUUAUUCCACCUCACCAGUCAAACCUUACUCCAAAUGUUCUCUGUCUGAAACUCUGGCGAUUGGACGUUUACCAGCUUUCAUCUCUAAACACAAUCAGCUGAGGAGUCAUGGCAGUGAAGCAUGUUGCAGUUUAGCGGAACAUUAAUGAAUAGUCCUUUUUAUUGUGUUUGGUAAACACAUUUUUAAAACUAUUCUAGUAACACGUCAAGCCGCUGAAACAUUUGGUCUUGAUAGUACCUUUUUUUUAUUCCAAUAUGACAUUCUUGUUUCUCAGAAGGUUCAAAAGAUAGAUUGCCUUUUUAUAGUUUUAUUCUUUAAAAAUAAUCGUGGCAUUACCUUGAAAACAUACAGAAUUUGAAGGCUAUUCCUUAAAGAUUUCCAAAGGGUUUUUUUCCCUGUAGAUAUACUCCUCUAUCUAAUUACAUAUUUGUAUAUUCUCAUCUGUUAGAAAUCAACUUCCUGUUGUAAGAAAACAUUGAGCAUAAUGCAACAAACUGCUAUAAAUUAUAUUUAAUGGGUGAAGUUCCAUGACAGAAUUUCCAACUUUCCUGGGAAAUAUUGACCAUCUCAUCGCUCGACAUCAGAGGUGUCAGAACAAAAAUACAACCCAGUUCAUACAAGAGAAUUAACGGUUUUUGACUUUUCUUUUUUUAUUACUAUGGCUGCCAUCACUGUUAUUAAAGUGUCAACUGUUGCAGUUCAACUUGG